AUGGCAAGUCUCUUGAGACCUGCAGCCUUGCGUACAGUAGCGAGACGUGCUCUGCACACUGAAGCCGUACAAACGCCGUCUACGACGCCCAAUGCACUUUCCCUGAUCCGCUCCCAGCCUUUUCAAUACGUUGUCGCGUCGGUGGCGGGCAGAAAGUACCUCCUUUCACCCAGGGACCUUCUCACCGUUCCCCGCCUCAAGGACGUACGUGUCGGCGACGUCCUCGCCUUGUCCGACAUCCAUGAAGUUGGCUCGCGCGAAUUUACCAUGCGUGGCAACCCAACCAUCCCCCCAGAAAAUAUCAAGGUUCAGGCGACCGUGGUGGAGCACACAAAGGGCAAGAUGGAGGUCAUAUUCAAGAAGAAGCGGAGAAAGGGCUAUCAAAAAACUAUCACCCAUAAGCAAACAUAUACACGUCUGAGAAUCGGGCCAAUUGAUAUUGUAGACCAGUAG